CGCUUCCCAUUUCCUGUCUGAACGGGAUACGGGAUUUGCGUUGAAUUUAUAAAAAAUGACUACGGAAACCACUGAGGAACUGACUAUCUCUAAAACUGACACUCAUGAGACAACAGCUCAGACUGCAAAGAUUUCACAUGACGAUGACAAAGUUAUUGACUUUAAGAAGUUGGAGUCUGAACUUCAAAAUGCUGUAGAGGGAGAGGCUAGAUACUGGAGAGAAAAUGAUGCAAAGUUCCGAGCUGUUCACCAGAAAGUUGCAUCUUAUGACGAGUUUCGUGACAUUGUCCUGGCAUCCCACCUUCUGCCGCUCGAGAAAGACGACAGACUGACAAACAUCAAGUUUAUACAGCCAUGGAACACACAGGCUCAGAAGAAACAGGACAGUGGAAACAGAGAAACUACUGCUGAAAUUCCAAAGGCUAAAGACUGGCCAACAUCGGGUCAAGGAUUUGUGCGAGAAUGGCGGAGAUUAAAUAAGGACACCAAACAACAGUACGCUUACCUGCUGCAAAUAGGUGGUGAACAACUAGGAACGAUUUUCAAAACCGAGAUCGGUUUUGGAUUACUAGGAGAGUUUGGAAAUUGCCUGAAUUGCGCUUUUGCGGAACAAGAUUCUAAUGCCAUAUUGUGCAUUCUUCAACAUUUGAGCACUACAAAUAGGUUUUCAUUGACGGUUCAGUUUUUGAGUUCUAAAGAGGAAAGAUUAUUUUAA